AUGAACGAUGGUCACGAAUUUCCCCGAUUCAACGUUGUGCUGGUUAACUUUCUCCUCGUACGGAUCCUGAUACCACAUGUGGUUUUGCAACCUUGGAAUGUGGCCAUUGGAUCAAGGAACAUCGGAAAGCAUACAGCAGUGAAUCUGACCAGCUUGGCUACGCUGCUCUACUGUGUCUGCAGGCAGCUGUCACCAUUGCCACCGCUGGUGGGGCAUUCAGAAGCAUCGUUUCUGGGAAGACGGCGAUCAAAAACAGCGACAGCCUCGCAUGCUGAGACUUCAUUUACGUCCAUCGACGACAUUGGAUACCGCCUCACGUCCGACAAAAAAUUCCCCAGUAACGAUCCUCAAGUCGUCCAGGUUAUAAAGGAACAUCAUAUUAUGCUGCAGGAGGUAUUGAGCCGUCUCCGCUCUCAGCUCCACGGCUCGCGUGAAUAG